AUGACGGGGAAAAAUGUUGGACUUUUAAAGAGGAUGCAGGAUGUGACCGAAGUGAACCCUGUGCAGAAAUUGACAUUUUUGCAUUGUAUUAUACAUCAGGAAGUGUUGUGUAAGACAGUGUUAAAAAUUAACCAUGUUGUUGAUGCUGUAAGUAAAACAGUUAACUUGAUCAGAGCGAGAGCGUUAAAUCAUAGACAAUUUGUUGCACUUUUGGAGGAAAAUGAGAGUGAACAUGGUGACAUAAGCUACCACAGCAACGUCAGGUGGCUCAGCCUGGUCAAAGUACUGAAAAGUGUCUGGGACCUGAGAGACCAGAUUCAGAAUUUCUGUGGGAAGAAAGGACAUGACAUCCUAGAACUUUCAGAUGAAGACUGGAUGGCAGACCUCGGAUUCACUGUGGAUGUGACUGCACUCAUGAACGAACUGAAUGUCAAACUGCAGCGCGAGGGCCUUUUUGUGCAUGAGAUGUACAGUGCAGUGACGGCUUUCAUGAGAAAGUUGCAGCUUCUCUCAAGCCAAGUGAAGGACAACAUUCUGACCCACUUGCCAACACUAAAGGAAGCCACAAGAUCAGCCGAUCAGCUCCACAAGUACUCCAGCAAGUUAGAAGCACAGGGUUGA